AUGUUUUACAAUUCAACUAUUGAAUUAGUUAUACUAGCUUUUUUCAUUUUCCUCUCAAUUAUGAUUCUAAAAACGAUAAAAUAUUUAGAGAUUUUUAGAUAAACAAAAUCUUCAACGACAGAUGAAAAAAAUAGAGAUUUAGAAUUUUAAAAACUAAAAAGCGAAGAGUUCAAUAAAAUUAAAUAGGAAUACUCAUAAUUAAUCAAUUAAGCAGAUGAAAACCCAUAAUUAAUCAAUUAAGCAGAUGAAAAAUUUAUAAUAUAACACCAUAAAGAUUUUUUGGUAAUUUAUUCAAACUAAUACAAUUAAUAAGUGAUGUUAAAAAAUAAUCAGAUAUUAUAUGCAACUUUUAAUAAUAAUAACUUUAACUCUUAUACAGGGAAAGGAUAUUUUUAUAAGGAAACUUAUGAUCAUGAUUACAAUCCAGAAUAUGAAAUAUAUGAUGGUGAAUUUUUUAAUGGAUAAAAACAUGGUUUCGGAAAGCUGUAUUCAUAAAAAUCUGAAAAUGUUAUAUAUGAAGGGGAAUGGAGAAACGAUAAAAGAUUUCCAGAAGUAUCUUAAAACAUGUUUUAAGAUCAUAUAAUUUGGAUUUAACCAAAUAUUUAACAAGAAAAAAGAAUAAUAAUUAGAGAUGGAGAUUAAAUAAUCAAUAAUAAACACAUAAAUUUUAGAAAUCAUAAUAAAGUUAGUAAUGAAUGGAUUAAGUUUAACUAAUUAAUUUCGUAAAAUGAUAUUAAAAUAUUAAUGAACCAUAAAAAAUGGUUCACAAGUUCAAUUAUAGAUAGUUUUGUACUAUAUUUAAAUAUAAAAAUGGAUAAAUAGUAUUUUUAGAUAUAAGAAGAGUAAAGAAAACAUCACUAAAGAUAAUUAUUUAUCCCAAGUUGGGUGUUUACAUAAAUGAAUAAAGAUUAAACUGAUGUAAACAGAUAGAUUUUAAAAAAUCAUUUUUUAGAAUAUUAAAAAAUAGAUUAUUAAAUAGAAAAGAUUUAUAAAAGAAUCAACUUUGUUAUAAAUAAGAAUAAUACACAUUGGUUUCUAAUAUAAUUAAACUUAGAUAAUAACGAGAUGAUAGUUAUUGAUUCCAUAAAGUGUGAUAUUUAAUCAUACAAUUAUGUUAAAAAUAUAAUGAAUCCACUCUUUUCAAAUAAAAUAUAGAAAAUAACUAUUUCUGAUUAAUUUAAAUCUUAAAAUAAUCAAUAUGAUUGUGGACCAUAUACAUGUAUAAACAUGUUAUAGAUAUCUGAGAUAAAAAAAUAAUUAGAAACUCCUCAUUAAAUGAGACAAUUUUUAUUAAAAAAAUUAUAGAAAGACUGA